AUGUCUUUCUUUGCUGUGAACGGCGGAGCGGAGGGUCGGCGCGCGCAGGUGGGAGACAGGCGAGGAGAAAUGGUGAGAGGAGGAGGAGAGAGAAGUAAGGUACCAUCAUCAGCUUACGAGCGAGAGGGAAGAGGACGGCGACGCAAUCCUCAGAAUUCUUCAGCUCACGAAGAGCGCGUAUCGGGCGGCAGAGGCUCCGGUGCGCACCCUUUUUCCUCUCAAGGCGGCUCAAAUGUAUCUGUAUCUUCACGAGAAGACUCACGCUAUCUAGGGCGAGAGGAAGACGGGAGAAGGCCCUCGCUGUCUUCGCUGACUUCGAUUCCUCCUCCUCAUACGUCCAACCGGGGACGAGGAGGCGGAGGCCCAGGGCGAGGGCCCCACCGUUCACACCAUCACUUCGCUGCUGCCUGUACACAGGUUCAUCCUCCUGCGAGUCACGCCGAAAACCAACCAGGUUGUCUUCCUCCGCCGCUCAUCGCCUCGUCGUUUCCGCCGUCCGCGAGCUUUGACCGCAGCACGAGCGCCGCCAGGAGCGAGGGUCAGCAGCCGUCUCAGGUCCACCCGACCAGCGCACAGGCGAGCCGUUUGCCGCCUCCGGGGACGAACGGAGUUCCGAACUCGUCCUUUACUCAACACGCGACGGGCCUGCCAGCCUCUUCGCACCCUCCACUCAACGGACCAGACGACCGCGCCGGCGACACACGCGCACCGCACGACGACGAAGCGAGAAGCGGCGGGGUCUCACUCCUCCUCACGGCUGCAGCCCAACCGCCCCUGCCAGGAGGCUCGUUCGGAUUCCAUCCCGGUCCGCUCCCGACGCCUCUGUAUGGCCCCCCGCUGCCGUGUCCCCCACCUCCCGGCAGCGCGGGGUGUCCCCGACCACCGACCAUGGGCGGCGGCGGCGAAGGCAGUCGCGGAGGACCCAACUCGGGGCGCGAGAGGCUAGCGGAUAACUCUAUGAUCCCGCAGCACAGCAACCGGCCCCAUCCCCCCCAUCACGGCUUGAACGCUGGAGGACCGUUCGGUGGGCGGGGCGAAGCCGACGGAAACCGAGUCUUUGGCGGCUCUGCUGCAGCCAUGGGACCCGGCGGAGGCAUGCAAAGCCGAGGACUCGGCGGCGGGGCGGGCCCCGGAGGCCGCGGAGGAAACUUCGAAGAUGGCCUGAUGGGCGGCGGAGGCGGGCCUCCUUUGCGGGGGGGACCGCCUGAGGACCGGCGCAUGGGCCGCCAAGAGGGGCUCUUCGCUUCCGAGAGGGGAGUCACAGAGGGGAAUCACGCAGAGGGCGGCCCCAUGCCUGCCUCCCAGGGGCGAAAAAUGAGGGGCCCCCCGAUGAACUCUCAAGGCGAGGGCGGGGGACGAGGCCCGCUUGGCACGGACUCUCCAGCGCCUCAUAGUAAUUUCGAACACCCCCGUGGAGGGGGGCCUCCAUCUCUUCCAGGAGACGCGCAGCUCAUGGGCCCUCCCCUACAUCCUUCCUUCCACCUCCCCGGCAGCGGCAGAGGAGACGGCCCCGUGCGCGUCCUGGGAGGCGGCCCGAACGCGGCGCCGUUCAUGCUUGGUCACCACCCUCACCCAGGAGGCAUGCUUGUCAUGCCUCCUGGCGCAGCAGCGGCGCCGCUGCAGGGACCGCCCCAGCAGCUCGGCGGACCUUCCGCAGGACUGCACGCAGGCGGAGCGCCGGGGGCAGCGCCGGGGGCAGGACCUCCGCCGCUGGGCCCGGGCCCUCCGACCGCGGCGGGAGGUGACCCCAUGCUGGGGUGCGGGCCCAACGUGCCGAUGCAGUCGCAUAUGAUGAUGCCGCAAGGAGGCCCGCCUCCGCCCGGGGGACCGAUGCCGUCCCCGGGCCUCGGUGUCCAUCCUGGGGGCCUAGGCAUGGCAGGUCCCCAGCCGCCCGUUGUCGGCGUUCCGGGGCCCGUCGUGUGCGGAGUUGGACCUCUAGGAGGCCCUGCUGGAGCUGGCGGCGGGAUGGGGCCGGGGCUGGGCAUGCCGCACCAGCAGGGCCCCCCGCCCCCAGGGGCACCAGGGGUUGGCAACCAGGGCCUCCGCGGGCCGCCUGCAAACCCGCCAGGUCCUCUCCUCGGCGUAGGAAUGGGUAGACCGCUUGUCGGCGUCGGGCCGCAUGUCGUCGUUGGCGGACCGGGGACCAUGCCGCCGUCAUCCACGGGUGUAGUGAACCCGCCGCCCCCCAGACGAAGGAACGUGCUAGAUAUCCGAGACCCUCGAACGGGAAAGCUCGUCAUUGGGGGCUCGCUGCUGGAAGGAGGCGGAGGUUUCCUGGGAGCAGACAAGAAGGACCCGAACGCAGAAGGCGGAGCCAACACAAAGCCGGAAGGCGACGCGUCGAAGCCGCAAACCGAAGAGGCACGUGAGAACGCGGCCAAGGUAGAAGGCGAGAGACGAGGUUGGCGGGUGCAAGCCAGGCAAGGAGAGGGCGACAAGCCAGCGGGGACCUGCUGUGCAGCGAAGGAUACACCGGCCCUGAAUACGUCCGGAGGAGAGGGGAGCGCCGGCGACGUGCCCGCUAGGAGUGCGGGCGAUGCUGCUUCCUCUCAACCAGCCGCAUCAAACAAGAAGGGAGGCGACGCUGCCCCGUCUUUGUCUCCUCGUAUGGAGGGCGACUCGCGCCCCCACGGCGGAGAGAAGAGGGAUGCAAAGGAGAAGAAGCACAGGGAAGAAGAGAAAGGAAAGACGUCUGCUGAGUCUGCAGAACAAGCAGGAGUAGUUCGGGGAGCAGAAAGGACAGCUUCGGUGGCAGCGCGUGCAGCCGCCGAGGCGGCUCACGACGCGGCGGCGGCGGGCCGUAGGCAAGGCAAAGAAGAGCGGCUCCACGCGGGUGCGGGCGGCGGAAGUGGGCAUCCAGAAGAGGGAACCAAGGGCGGCCACGGCCGAAGCCCGUCUGGCGACAGCGGCAAAGACGAUGGCUCCAAGACCGGGUUUUCAAACAAGAAAGACAGAAAGAAGAACCAUACCGCUGGUGCGUCACCAGUGGGGUCGAGCGCUCAGGCGCCGCAUUCUUCGCCCCCGACUAGCCGGGGCAGAGGCGCGGCGAGCAGCACACCGAAAGCGGGAGGAGACGGCGCUGGCGAUCGCGCAUCUGCGGUACCGGCAUCGAACGCGGAAGACUUCUCCUCCUCGCCCAACGGCGUGCGGAAACAACCCGCGCCGGCGAGUGCACCGGGGCCUGCGGGGGUGACAGUCGGCUCGGUCGUUUUAGCUCCUGCGCCGAAACGCACUCUUGGCCACGAGAAGUCAGAGCAGUUCACUGCCUCUGCGUCAGUCCCGCCUGAGACGAGUGCGUCGGUCUGCAACGACGAGAGACAGGAGACCUCGGGGGGAUCGUACGGCGGCGGCGAGACGCCUCGCGAGGGGCCUGGCGCAUCCCACCAUCCGAAAGGCCGUGGAGGCCGAAGAGGAUCUUUCACCUUCUUCACUCUUCACGAAGACGAGAACUGCGGCGCGAACAGACACCCCGCCCAGACAAAGCGAGGCGUGAGUAAUGUGCCUCCGCGCCCUCCAGGGGGCCUGCCGUCCUCGAGACAUGGAAGCGGCGCACCGCACCCGCGAGGCCCGCAGGCGUCAUUCGUGUCUGCAGAGAGCGAUCUAGUUUCCGGUUCUUCGUCUUCGGCCCCGCCUUCGCAGGCAGUGACGCAGCCAUCUGACGCGAGUGUGUCCGCCGGACAGGCGAUGAGCUCCCACUUCGAGGGCAUACCUGGGAACUCGCCGCUCCACUCAGGGAAUGGAGGACUGUCGCCUGUCUUCGGCUCGCCUGCAGGCCGCUACGGUGGAGCGAAGGGACUAGGAGAAGAAAGAGGCGGAAUGAAAAAGGGCAGCCCGUCGUCUUCAAGAGACGGAAGAGCAGGGAAGGAACCGACAGCGACGCUGCAUGCGACCAACCCGCAAAAGGGACCAAAUGGAAAGGCAGACAGAGGGUCAGCAACCCCAGGGUCUGCCCAGUACAGCCACGGCCGGACAGCAGCCAGUCCAGCUGGGAGCGCAGCUGACGGAGAGAGAUGCAGGGGAGGCUCGUCUCCGACGGGACCUUUUCCGAAGGGCGGAAAGGGCUUCUCGGCGUCGCUCGUUCCUCCCGCGGCUACCGGACCAUUAACCCACUCCCUGUCUCCUACGGCCAGCUCCGGAGAGAAGAACUGUCCUGCGUCUUCGCGAGAUGCGAGUGACGAAGCUGGCAACUUCCGCCACAGUCGCGAGGCGCUGGCUGACAGAGGCGAUAGAAACACUAACGUUCGGCAGGUCUCUCAAAAGAAUGGAGGCGAGGGGCGACAGACACGCGGCUCCUAUACAGAGAAGGGAGAUCAACAGGUCAAAGGAGGCGGCGACAGAGGCAACAACAGAAGCGGAAAUGCACGUGAGCGCGGAAACGAGAGAGGAGGCAAUGCCGUUCUGCCGGGUACCGCCGGAACAGGCAGUCCUCAGAAAAACGCCACCGGCAGAGGAUGGCGACCUGCGGGUAGAGGAUAUGGGAGAGAUACAUCUCCGUCGUCUUCGUCUUCGCUAGGAGAAGUCCACACGCCUCCGUCCAAUGCGACUCCGACAAACAACAGCCCUCUUCCUCCUGCGCCGCCUGCGACAGCCCCUGGGCCUCGCGGGGUCUGGGGCCCUAACGGCAGGGCUGCUGGCGGUGCUCUGAUGCGACCCCACGGACAUGGCGGGCGAGGAGCGGGGGUGGGGACGCCUGCCGCUCAGCUUGCAAAAACAACUCAGCCGGAGAAGCCCGUUUAUCCCGGUCCUCAUGUUCCUGCAUCUCCCUCGGGAAGCAACACCCAGGAGAGCAACCCGAAGACGCCAGCGGGCGUGGUAGGUGAAACCGGAGCCACUGGGAACGAAGGUGGGUUCACCGGCAACGAAGGACGAGACGAGGGGGGGGCUGCUGGAGGCAGUAACCCACGACCUCCCCCGCCGCCUCACGGGGCGUCCUCGAGAGGGUGUGUGCCGGGGGAAGCCGACGGUGAAGAGGGGGCUCUAACAAGAGGCAGUGGACGCGAAGAGGCUAGAGAAGGACCCGCUAGGGAGAGAGGCAAAGACAACUUGGGACCAGCUGGCGGAUUAGGGAGAAAUGCCUCGCGACAGAGGGGCAACACGCCCCCGCACCACCAUUACAAGAAUAACGGAGCUGGGUCACAGGGACCUGCGCAUGCCGCUGGAGGUAGGGGCGGACAAGACGGUGGACGAGGCAGAGGCGACCGACAACUGCCUGGAGGCCCAGGGAAAAUGGGUGGGAACAACAGUGCGAAUGCAGGGGAUAGAAACAUGCCGUUUCCGUCUUCGCACGAAGGAAAGAUGCCGGCACUUAGCUCACCGUCCCUCGGGGCGCGAGGAGGUCCCCCAUCCCUGGUGCCUGGAGUGCCUGGGGUUCCGUGCCCUGGCGAGAGAGGAGAGGGCCUGCCGCCCGUUUGCAGUCCGCAUCCGCCUUCUGGGCCCCUACCCCCUCAUCUUGUUUCGAACUAUGAAGGGCAGCCGGGUUUCUUGCCACGCCCGCAUUUGCACCCGCAGUCGUCGAGUCCGGCGAGCGGGCGCGACGUGGUGGGAGGGAGUGCCUUUGGUGCAGGGCCGCCAGCAACUGCUGGUCAGACCGCUCCGCUUAUCCCAACAGGCGAAGGCGGCUCGUCCCCACCUCCGUUUCCCUCAGCUUCGUCGUCUUUCACGCCAUACAACACAUGCGCUCCAUCGGCGCACCAUCCGCUUCCUCACCCUCCUCCGGCGGGAGUGGCGACGCCUAGUAGCUGCGGCCCACAGCAAGAUCCCCAGAGCCCUCUUCCGUUUAACGCUUCGUUCCCGCCCGCUUAUCCCCCAGCAGGCAGUGCGCCACCUCAGGCCCUCGGAGGCCCGCCUCUCGCGGAGGGUUCGCACCCAGGCAUGCGCAUGUACCCGCAUCCCCACCAGGGCCGCUUCCCUCAGCAAACUGGGACUGAGGGCGGCGUAGAAGGAUCUGAUGCAGAGGUGACUGGAGGCGGCAACAACGAAUUUGCCGCUGGGGACGGAUGCUCUGGGGCUCAGAAAACAGGCUCCGCGCGGGGAGCUUGUGGAAAUCCCGCAGAGGGCAGCGCUGGGGGGGGGGCGAAUAGCAGCCAGGGCUUCGCGGGACGAGGCGGAGGAGACGCUGGCCAAUACAGCUCGACUUUCAAUCCUUCGGGAUCGUCGAACUACCCUGGCACUGGCAGUGCGCCGGCAGGCAACAGCGGCGCGUCGAAUAUGGGACCGACCCCGUCGGGUGACCUCUCGGAAAGCGUAAGUAGCGUACCCGCGCCUUCAGCGUCGGCGCCUUACUACUUUUAUCCGCCGGCAGCAGGCGGCAGCCUGCCGCUUGAGGGUAGUCCUCCUGGUGAGCCAGUGCCAUUAGGCAUGCCGCCGCCGCAUGCACAUCUUUCGGGAGGUCCCCAACUGCCAUAUAUGGGGCCACAACCCAAUCCACAGCCGAUCAAUUGCUCUGCCGUGAACGACAAUGGCAAUGGCGCAAACUACGCCGGUGCUGAGAGGGACUGCAACCAAGGCCCAACGGGAGAAAUCAGGGGCGGAAGAGGAGAUAGGAGUUUCCCUCGGAACCGAGGUCAACUUGGUCCGAACGUGGUUAAAAACGCCGAAACUGGAGCAGUUAUGGUGGGCGGAGACGGUUCCGCUCAUCCGCUGUGCCAUUCGCAUCCUCAGAAUGAAUACCCCGUGGCUCGAAGUGGGGCAAGGAUGCCGUUCGGCUACCCUUCCGCUGGAACGAGCAACAGUAAUAACGGCGGGGCCGAGACGGUCGCAGGCGGCGGGGAUUCACAGAGCGGAGCGGGUAUGUAUGGGCAGACGGCUGCCAUGGGUGUUCAGCACAGUGCGGGUCCUCCUUCGGAUUUUGCGCUCUCCUCGGCGAACACGGGUAACGUCAAUCUCCCCCCGAACCACGCAGCACUUCACCCUCAUUUCCCUUACCCGCCCUCAUCGGCGCCUCCCUUCCCACCGCGUGCUAUGACCGGAGGGGCUGGCGGCGUGCCUCUCCAAGGGGCCGCGCCGGUGUUAGCCCCCGGUCCCCAUAAUGCUGUGGGGCAGUCCUCUCUAGCCUCGCCCGUGUCCAUGGCAGCCCAGGGCUUUGGUCUAGGAGGCGCAGCCCCUCCCGGGGGCGCUCUCCAGCCGCAAGCACCUGUAGGACUCUCUCCCCACCUUGGCGGCGAGGUUCCUCACGGGGCCUACCCCGGCCGCUCUGGCCCUGCCCCAGGGCAGGGGCCGCCGCCCCCACAGCAAGGUGGACGUGGAGGCCUUGCGGCUCACCAGCGGAAAUUCCAGGGUACUCAAGGCGGCGCGCAGCAGGCGGCUUUUUCUCCAGCAGGCGAUAGACGACGCGGAAGCAGGCGGAUAGAAAAUCAACCUCUGAAGCGCAGAGAGGGAGACAAUUCGUUUUCUCGGCCUAGCAGCAGCAACGAAAGAGCGGGGGCCGCUGCCGCGGGUGGCGGACCGUCUCACGGUGGCUUCAUGGGUAGGAAUCAGGGAGGACAGGGGCUCCCGCCGCCGUCUUCGGUCUUCACACCGUCGCCAGCUCCCCCCUUGUGCGGCGGAGGCCCGAUGGAGACAGGACCGGUGGGAGGAGACAUGUAUGGGCAGCAGGGGAUGAACGCCGUGGGAGGCCCCAAUUCCUUUCUGCAGGGAGGGCUUCCAGGGUGCCCACAAACUCCUCUUUACUCAUCUGCCUCGCCCUUUAUUCCCAUUUCGUUUGGAGGGCCUCUGUCUGCCCCAGGUCUCCCUGGCACUCCCGGUGGCAGCAUGAUGCUUUUGGCUGGAGCCUCGCCAGCGAUGGGCGGAGCGGGCGCUGGGAGCGCAUCGCCUACCGGCGUCGGAGCGGGGCCUGGAGCCCAGAUGGCACCGCACCGGGGUUUGAUCCCCGGAGCAGACCCGAUGUACCACUCCGUGGGAGGCGGACCUCAGCACGGCGUAGGAGGACCAGCAGUUGCACAGAACCCCCUCGUGCCCCAGAUGCCAUGCGAGUCGCUCGAUUCCUCCGCAGUGAGCCACGCCGGAAGCCCCCAAAGACGCUUGAGAAAGAAAGUCGCAAACGUGUCUCUAGCCGACGCGCGAAAGAGACGUGGGUCGAUAAGCUCGUGGACAGAAAGCUCGAGAGUGGAGUCGGAGGCGGACCCCACGGAGGCCCUUCUCCCGGCGACUGCAGCGGCGCCUAUGGCCCCAGGGGGGGUGUCGCUUCCGCACUUUGGUGGGAAUAACGCAAUGCUGAAGGCUCCACUCCUGGGUUCUGCGUGCCCUCCGGGCGCGCCAGUUGUGCCGGACGAAUGCGCCUCUGGCCAGGCCGUCGCGCCCCCGCCGGGGGACUCCUGCCCCUUGACUCCGCAGCCAAUGGACACGGCCCCUCCGCUGUUGUCGACCCCCGGAGAGGCGCCGAAGGAAAUGCGGCGAGAAGACGACAGAACUGCCAGACCGUGCGACAGGCGCGAAAGCCCGCGUGCGGCAUCAAGAGACCAGGGCAGCAGCUUGCUGGGCAGCCCCGACAGUGCCGUUCCUACUGCAGCGCCUUAUUCUGUUGAGACGCCAUCCGCAGAGGAAAAACUUGAGGAUUCAAGAAAGAAGGACGAGCCAACAGAAAAGCGAGAAGAAGAUGCAGGGUCGGCAGUGGGUGAACGUGAUGCAGAGGUUGCAGAAUCCGCAGACAGGGCGGGGGGCGUCCCUGCAGUCCCCUCGCCGCGCGCGGGGGAGUCGCCGGUCGAGGGCACACCGACGGGACUCGAGGAGACCGAACAGAGCGAAGCACUUAGCGUAGCUAAGCCAAACGGAAGCGGCGGGGUCUCAUUCCCGUCUCCUCGCCUGCCUGCAUCGCCUUCGUGCAGCUACGGGGAGCAAACGCUGAAAGCAUCGGAGAAUGUCCCACGCGCACCUGAUGAAGACCGCCGAGAAAGUGCGGAGGAGCAGUGCAAGGGAGAACUCAGCGAAGAGCCAGAGGAAGGAGAGAAAAUCGGCGAACAGCCGGCAGAAGAGAGAAUCGGGAAUGCGUGUCUCGAGCCUCUUCAACCGCAGCCGCCGACCGAAGGACACGGUGGGGCGCCACUAGGAGAGCAAAGUGACUCCAAAGGAUCAGAGGAAGACCGAACCACGGACGUGCUUCGCGUACCAGAAGAGCCAACCUCUCCCACCCGGGUGUCUCUGCCGGAGGUGGAGGAGUCGAAGGCGGAGGAGGAGGAAAAGAAAGCGCUGGAGCUGCCGUUGGUGCCCGCUGAAGAGGGAGCCGCGGCUCAGCACCCGUCGCAGGUUGCGAACACUAGCGAGGACGGUGAGAGCCCGCUCUCGUCACAGCAGGAGCCGAAAGAGAUGGGCGAGUCACCCGACGCCGCGUCCCAGCCACCGUCUCCGCCUACGGAAGACACGCCUACUGCACGCCCCCCCUUCUUUGAGCGCGCCCGUGGUUCCUCUGCAGGCCUUGUAGGCGCGCCUCCCGCUGUGUUUUCGCCUUCUAUGGCUCAGCGUGAGUCUUCGUCGUCCCGUGGCCCCCGGUCUGGCACUGAAGUGUCUCCUUCCCUCGCGCAGCCGCCAAAAUCAUCGUCGCCGUCCACAGCGUCGCUCGCCCCGCGUAUCUACGACAAGAGACUUCUGGUCGGAUUCUUCCUGUCGCUCCAUGGAUCGUUUUCGCCUCCGGAAGUCCUCGGCCGCAUCCGGUGUGUAGAUCCCAGCGAGGCUCAAGGCGGGGGCUCCAAGCGCGCGGCUGCGUCCUCGUCCAAGGACUGGCCUUUCUCGAAGAACCACAAACAAGGCGGUGGCGCGGGUGGAGCGGGCAAGUCGAAAAUGGGCGGCGGCGGCAACGCAGGCGCCGGAGAGCGGGUCCCAAACGCCGUGGGCGGCGGCAACGCGCAUCUGUUGGCGUCCUCUGGGAACGCUUCGCUGUUUGGGAAGGGAGGUCAGCAAGCAGGCAAGGGCGCUCUCGCGGGUCGAGGCGGCGCGCGUGGUGCAGCUGGCGGAGACUGGCCUCAGGCAGGUGGCGGCGACAAUUUCGACAGAGGCCCCGGCGCAGGCGUCUUGGAGAGAUCCGGGAGCAUCAGCAGCCAAAGCGGCGGCUGGAGAGACGCUUCUGGAGCCAGCAAAUGGAGGGAGGAAAAUGCAGCGCUGUCGCGUCAAAACUCGCUGCAGAGUGGCAGCAUUUUCGGCGCAGGCGGAGGAGCGUUUGGCGGCGGAGGCAACCGCAGCGGGCACAACCACGGCGGAGCCAUGGGCGCCGAUUCGUUCUCUCGGCUUGGAGGCUUCUUCUCUAGCUCGCGUCCCCCUCCCAGCGGCGGCAACAUGCAGCACGGAUCUUCACCGGCUGGUCUCUCGAGGGGCCCGGAGUUCCUGUUGAAGAAGCAGACGCUCGAUCGCCCGCAGCGAGUGCGUCGCGCGAUUAACAGUCUUCUCAACAAGAUUUCCAUCGACAAAUUCGCCGUGGUGACUGAGAAGAUUGCGAUAGAGGGAGAGUCGCUGGAAAACGCAGAAGAACUCCAGAUGCUGGCAGACUUGGUGUACGCGAAGGCCGUCACCGAGCCCGAGUACAGCGAGAUGUAUGCCGAUUUGUGCCAAGUGCUCAAGUGGCGAAGUCUGGAGUUUGAGAAGGCCGAUGAGGAGAAAAACCUCAACUUCAACAGGGCCUUCGUGAACCGCUGCCAGGAGGAAUUCGAAGCGCUUCAAGGCAAAUCGGCGUUGGAGGUCACGGAGGAGGAGCGCGCGCAGUGCCACUCUGAGGACGAUGUGCAGAAGCUGUUGAAGAAGAAAAAAAACCGAGUUCUUGGAAACAUGCGCUUCAUUGGAGAGCUCUACCUGCGGAAGUGCAUCGCACCGAGCGUGCUCAAGGCGGUCGUCACCUCUCUCGUUUUUGGAGACUCGGGAGACCCCAACGUCUAUCCUGAUGAGCACUUCAUUGAGUGCUUGACUGAGCUACUCACCACAAUCGGAUUCACCUUGGAGAAGCAGCCGCACACCCAGCAGAUGCUUCUGGAAUUCAUGGGCAAGCUACAGGAUCUCCAACAGAAGGCGAACUACAGCAAGAGGAUCGUGUACAAAAUCCAGGAUCUCCUUGAUUUGAAAUCUCGGAGCUGGACCAAGAAGGUGUUCAAAGAGAAAGCCAAAUCUGUCGCGCAGAUUCGAGAGGACGCGAUCCGUGAUGAGCUGAUGGGUGGUAGUAUUCACGCAGUCCAGCAGGGAACCUUUACGGUUGUUGGCAUGCGCCACCAGCAGCAUUACGGGUUCUACCUCCACGAGCAAAGGACGAUUUUCGAAAAGAAGAAGGCUGCAAAGAAGGCGGCCGAGGCGUCCGCGUCGUCGUCGUCCUCGUCGAGCUCGUCUGCAGCGCCGGCGAGCGCGACAGGGUCGUCUCAUUCGCUCACGUCAGCAGCUUCCGACCCUGCGGUUCUGUACGGGUCGACGCCAUCCAGCAGCGACACCCUUAUGGCCACGCCUCUCGCAGGGAAGCCGGGGCCCCCGUCGCCCUACAACCUCAGGUCGCAGGGUCUCGCGGGCUCUUCCUCCUCGUUCGGAGCCGCGUCAGCGGCGCCGCCGCUCAUGAGCACCCAGGCAGGCCCCAGCGGUUCGGGCGCGUUGGGCCCAAACCCGGGCGGGCCUUUCGUGGGGGCCGGAGCCUGCUUGCCUUCCCCUCAUAACAAAGGCGGGAAUGGCGGCACAAACGCUCCCCCGCUUCUGGGCGGAGCUCCGUCUGCGUUCCACCCGCGGUUUGGGCCCGGUGGUGGGCCAGGUGCCCCAGGAAAGGGUAUCGUCGGCCCGAGAGGGACACCGGCGGGCAGCGGACCGGGCCUAAUGAACACUCCCGGCAGCGGACCUGAGCCGGCAGAGCCCACAACGCCGCCGGAGCCGUGCGAGCCCCCUGAGUUGAAGAAGGACGUCGAGAUGCUCUGCUUCGAGUUCGUUAGAGAGGGCAAACCGUUCGCGGACUUCUGGCAGGAGUGGAAGGCACUGAAGAUGCCGAGCUCGGCAGGGCGGGAGCAGUUCCACGCUUUGUGCGCGAAAGCGGCUGACGACUCCCACCCUGAGCGAUCCGCGCGCUACGCCGAUCUGCUGGGUCACAUCCUCUGCGAGCAGGUUCGAAUGUCGGCGUCGCUUCGGCAGUUCAUCGACGUGAUCAACGUGAACUUCUUGCCGCAGUUGGAAGAUCUCGCAUUGGAUAACCCUCGUGCGCUGUCGCUUUUCGCUGGAAUUCUUGCAACGACAAUCACCAGCCCGAAUUUCACAAAACGCCAGGAGGGCUGCAUGCCUUUCCUGGAGAUCCCGGCAGCCGAGGAUGUUGCGUGGGAUUUCCUUCGCGCGGUCUACGAUGAGGUGAAGAAACUCGUGAGUGGUGAGAACGAGAUGAAGCUGGCGUUCGUGAAGAGUCUGGCGGAGAAUUCCAUGCGAAGAAAGUUUCCCCAACAGCCAGACAUGGUAGUCGAGAAAUUGGCGUCUCUUGAGUAG